UCACAGGCUGACAUUCAUCCAACACGGCCCUAAGUAAGCUGAGUACUUUCCGCUGUCUUUUUCAUUACUUCAGUUCACGUUGCCUUCACCAUGCUAAGGAUGCUAAAGAAACAUCAGCUCCGUCCCGGCAUGCUUUUAUUACUUGUAUGGCUCUGUCACUUCGUACAAGAUCAAAAGGUGCAAGCUGGUAACUGCUGGCUGCAGCAGGGUAGGAACGGAAGGUGCCAGGUCCUCUACAUGCCUGGAAUGAGUAGGGAGGAAUGUUGUAGGAGCGGUAGACUGGGGACCUCGUGGAGUGAGGAAGAUGUACCUAACAGCACUCUGUUUCGAUGGAUGAUCUUCAAUGGUGGGGCCCCGAACUGCAUACUUUGCAAAGAAACAUGCGACAACGUGGACUGUGGCCCGGGCAAGAGGUGCAAGAUGAGUAAGAGGAGCAGGCCGCGGUGUGUGUGUGCUCCCGACUGCUCCAACGUCACCUGGAAGGGCCCUGUGUGCGGAUCCGACGGCAAGACGUACAAGGACGAGUGCGCCCUGCUGAAGGCGAAGUGCAGAAGUCACCCUGACCUCGACAUUCAGUACCAAGGCAAAUGCAAGAAGACCUGCCGUGAUGUCCUUUGUCCUGGAAGCGCUACAUGCGUGGUGGAUCAAACCAACAAUGCCUACUGCGUGACCUGUAAUCGUAUCUGCCCUGAGGUGACAUCACCGGAACAAUACCUUUGUGGAAACGAUGGCAUCAUUUAUGCAAGUGCCUGCCAUCUGAGACGGGCCACGUGCCUCCUGGGCAGAUCGAUCGGCGUCGCAUAUGAGGGCAAAUGCGUCAAGGCCAAGUCCUGUAAUGACAUUCACUGCAGCGUGGGUAAGAAGUGUCUCUGGGACGCGAGGAUGAACAGGGGGCGCUGUUCCGUCUGCGACGAGCCGUGCCCAGAGAGUCGGUCGGACGAGUCUGUUUGUGCCAGCGAUAACAGCACGUAUCCCAGCGAAUGCACCAUGAAGCGGGCUGCUUGUGCUAUGGGGGUUCUGCUGGAAGUUAAGCAUUCAGGAUCUUGCAACUCCAUUACUGAAGACCAGGAGGAUGACGAUGAAGAUGAAGAUCAGGACUACAUGGCUUAUAUCCAUUUAUCUUCAUUUCUGGAUGGAUAAACCACCACUGCUAGUGGGACAGUCCUAGGACAAUGACUUUUGUUCAUACUGUACAAAUGUGUAUGCUUAUUUAUUUUUUAAAAAGUAUACAUAUAGUAUAGUCUGAUAGAUGUUUAUUUAUACUAUGUUCAUGUUUAAUAAUUUAUACAUUUACAAUGCCAGGCUUACUAUCUACCAAGCUAUUUUGUAUUAUUGCCCGAUUUUGGUCAUUGUCGCUUCUGUCUUUUGUAAUGAAGAGUUAUAUUUGUCCAAAGAUAAGCAGUGUUAUUUAUUGUGAGGUAUGACGUUAUCACGUGAAGUAUACAUCUCCUGCAAGCUGCCGAUCGCAUCCCGUGAGCUGUACAUAUCCGCUUAACACGUUCAUUUUCUGCAUUGCAGGUAUUUAUGUUGGAAAACGCAUGCUAACUUUUGUGUUAAUUUAUCUGGACACUUUCCAGUGAUGUGCAGAAUUGUCUGUUUACAACUCACUAGAACUGACCAAAGGGGCUGUGUCAGUGGUUCUGCAAAUAUACUUUUUGUGGUGUAGCACAGCGAAAUUAAUGAGCCAUUUUCCCUAGAAGUAAGCAAUGUGUUUUUGUAUCUUGGGAACAGAGGACUAAGACAGUGCGCUAUCAGUAUUAGUAUUCUGUUGCAGUAUUUUUUCUACAUUAGAAUAUCAAUGGAGUUUAGACAAUACCUGGUUUUGUCAAAAAUGUGCCAAUAGCUUUUAUAUGCCAUUUUUGCCAAUGUUUGUAUUUUCUCCUGGCCAAUGUUCUGCUCCAUGUUGCUCUUGCAGGGCUAACAAUCAGAUAAUAUAGAGUCAUGAAACAAUGUAUCAGACCUUACUACUCUAGUUUUCUCACAUUUUUCACAUAUAAGGCAAAUACAAAUCCAGUUAUAAAUAUAUAGUUUUGUAUUUUUUAUGUAAAUGUCAAAUGUAUAUAAAAGUUAUGAUGGAAUUUGUACAGAUACGAAACGUGAAAGAAAAUAAAAUAAAAUGUUUUCCUUAAA